GCUGAGGAUGGCGAUCCCAACGGUCCGCAUUGUAAAUCCAGAUGCCCCUGUUCAUCGUCAGCAGGCCAUACUGGUGGCAACUAAAGAGGCCCGAUGCUACAGGGACAAAAAAAAGGUCUUCCCCAAACCUCCACAGGAGCUUCUACACGAGACCACAGCACUGGCCCAUGCUGAGAAGCUCCUUCGAGCAGAGGGGAUUCCUGCGCCAUCAAAUCAGAUGUGCCUGGGAAGGCUGGUUGUGCCAUUUGGCCAGUACGAGAAUGGCCCUUUCCACUGGCUAGUGGCAAAUGAUGUGGGCUACAUGAAGUAUAUAAUUGACAAGCACAGGGCAGAGGUGGCCGACCCACCGAAAAAGGGGGAGGUACUGAACCGGUGGGUGAAAGACUUCCUCACAGAAUACGCAGAGAGUUUCCCGCCAGUCUCCAUUGUACUCGAGGCAGGCACCUCUAAGUUUGAUCCCUCAUCGUGGCAAGGUGAUGACAUGGAACUGGUUGCUGCUAGCCAGCGUGUGGAAGACUCACUGAAGUCUCAAAAGUCCCCGUCUCGGCCAGAGAACAAGACUAAGAAGACUCGGGAGGCCGCUGUUCGGCCGAAGAGGUCAGAGACUACUGUCCAGCCAGAACAGCCGGAGCCAGCCGCCCUGCCCAAAAAACCUGCACCUCAGAAAAAGUGUCCCAGCCAGUCCACAGAGGUCCCCUCCGCAAGCCAGGCUCAUGCCUGUCCUUUGCCUUCACAGACUGCGGAAUCCCUUGCAAAAGUGGAGCUGGAGGGUUGGGUGCGUCUGUGGGAAAAGCCCAACGGAAUCCCCCCUGCCGACAUUUCCUGGCUAAAAGAGGACACAGAAAGAGGGCUUUUCACCUCUGUUCAGGUGUACAAGGACAACGCGGGUCUGUUCAAGAGGCGGCGGGUGAUGAGGUCUGACCGCAUGUGGUUUUACCCACCAGAGCCUCCUGGCUACGUCAGGAGUGGUGUGCCAUCUCCACAGCCCUUUUUCCGGAACCGUGUCUUUGUGUGGCGCCCUGUAGGAGUGUGGAGGUACUCCUUGAAGUGUCCUCGAGGGGAUGAGUGUGUGGGAAGAGGACAGAAUGUGUACCUCUACAAGUCUGGCUACCACCACCGGGUACGACACAUCUGUGACGUGUCCAGCUGGUACACGAUGGUCACUGAAGUCCUGUGCUGUGGGCCAUGUACAAAGGCAGCCAGAAGUGGAGAAGGCAGCGCAUUCGGCCGAUGGCUAGCAUGGGAUUCCGCUAUUGUAACUCAACUCAGCGAGGCUCAUCAGGCCAUGUUCCCUGCCAUCCUCACCAGCAAGCGCGGUGUGGAUAGAAACGUUGUGCGCCUUUUGAGGGACAGAACCGAAGGUAACACGAUGGUCAAAGUGUGGCGGCAGAUUCAAGAGAGUCACGUCGAGGAGCACCUUCAGCGUAUGGACCUGUACACCACGCUCCUCAUGACUCUCGUGGAACCCGGAGGGAUCGUCUCUGCAUUAGGGCACACUUUCCAGGCUCCAUCUCCUCAAAGGGAGCUUCCCUCUGCGCGGCUCUUGCGACAUGCCUUCCUGUUGGCAGAGGCUGGUAACGUUCAGGACUACAGGAGCCAGAUCCUCUCCACUUUUGGCACUGUACUGAAAAUGGACUCAACCAAGAAGGUGGUGAAGAAGCUGUCUGGGGAAGGUGCACGCUCUGCCGAGUGGUUCACCAGCAUCGGAAACGAGCAUUCCCAGGUAGUUUCCUUUGUUCUGACUUGCGAGGAGUCUGCUGAGAAGCUGAGUCCGAUGUGCCGAGGUGUCGUGGACAGGUUUCGGAUGGCCAAUCAACCCGUUCCUAAAAUCCUGUACGUGAAUCGUGGUUGUUGCCGUGCCCAGGGCCGUACAGCAGUGGAGGUUUUGUUCCAGCCUUGGGUGGAUGAUGGAAUGAUCGUGCGUCUGGACAUAUUUCACUGGAUCCACCGCUUUGAUGUAGCCAUCCGAACAGAGUCUCACUCCAAGUACGCUGCAUUUAAAUCUGCGCUAGCUGGGGCAGUGCUGGCCUAUAACCGCACGGACUUGGAGCUACUGAUCAAAGCUGUCCAAGCAAAAGAUCCAGCAACGAUGUCUACGGUCUCAGAUGAGGUCGUUGUCCGCCACCACAUCUCGAGGGAACAGCUGAAGCACCAUGUGCGGAGGGUGACUCUUGGGGCUCAGGAAACGUUCCGACUCGUCCAUUUGGCCAUCGAGGAGCUGAAAGGCCCCGCCGGACUGGACGAGAAUGGAAAGUCAUCGAUGAGGUGUGGGCCGCCCAGCAGCAACACCUGGAAUGCUUGCAAGAUCCCCCAGACAUGA